AUGACUCUGAGUCUUCCAAAUAGUGUUAAAUACCAAUUGGCUUACCUUAUAAAUAACUCUUUGGAGACAGAGAUUGAAAGGGAGACGAGACCUGCGCUGCAAGAAGGCGAUGUCGAUAGCUUUGCCAUCCAUAGACAGAUCCUUGAGCUUUAUGGUUAUCUUGUUUUUGUUCUUUUGUAUCAUUUUGGAAAAGAAGAGGCCGAUCCAAAGAAUCUCGAGUUGAAAAAUCACAUUAAGAAGACCAGUGAGAUCAUUGAGAGCUGUUUGGUUACCGUGUCUCACCUGUUCACUCUAAGGCUAUCUCUUCUCUUCCAAACGACUCCUGAACGGAAUCUAUUCGUAGGAAAUCUCUUUUUGAACCCGAUUAAUGUUUUGCUUGAAAAUCCGUACCGGGCGAAGGUGACUUCCGUAAAAUUGCAUGCUUUCAAGGCAAUCUGUCUCGCUGUUAAGUAUCAUGGACAGGCCUCCCAUACUCAGAAUGCCAUAUUACAACAUCUCACCUACUUUCCCCAUUUGAGUACCACUAUGGCCGAACUCUUACAAGUGAUGACAGAUCAUUACGAUUAUCCACAGUUGACAGAUAGCAUUUUGAAAGAGGUGAGCGCUAAGAAGUUCAACGAAAACGAUACUACGGGGCCCAAGUCCAUUAGUAAUUUCCUCAUUAAGCUUUCUGAGCUAUCUCCUAUGGUUACCAUGAGACAGAUGUCGUUGAUCGCAGAAUUAUUGGAUAAUAACUCGUUUACCCUACGUUGUGCCGUCGUGGAGGUGGUUGGUAACAUUAUCAGCACAUUGGCCAAAUCUCAGGAAGAGUAUGACCUUCAUAAGGAAAGUGCCAAUGACUAUAUUGAAUUACUAGAAGAACGACUGUUGGAUGUAAAUCCUUAUGUGAGAGCGAGAGCCUUGCAAGGCUUGAUUAAAUUGACAGAAAUGCAAGUGAAAUUUGUUAAUCGAAGAUUAAGAUGGACCAAGUUAGCUGUGAGGCAUUUGGAAGACCGGUCUGGACUUGUCAGAAGAAAUGCCAUUAAGUUUUUAUCACAUUUGAUCAUGGCACAUCCAUAUUCGGCUAUUAAUGAUGAGAGACUUGAUUAUGACACAUGGGAUGACAGGUUUAAAUUAUUAACAGAGAAACUCAAAGAGUUACAGCCGGAUAUCUUUGAGGAGGAAGAAGAGAAGGAGGAGGAAAAGGAGGAGGAAAAGGAGGAGGAAAAGGAGGAGAAAGGAGAAACAGGGGGAGAUCCUGAAGAAGAAGAAGAUGACGACAAUGCAGACGGUGUUAGUGAGGUUGACAAUGACGAUAUGGAUUCCGAGAAUGGCGAAAAGAAUAAUUCUAAAGUGGCCGAGAAGCCUGCUGAAAUGGAACCAUCCGGCAGCGAUCCAGCGAUGGUCCAGAAACUAUUUCUUACAUGGCAGAUAUAUCAGGAUUGUCUUAGUUUCAUUAAGCUUAUUGAAAAAUCCGCAGAACUCUGCUGUGAGUUGCUCCAUUCCAAGUCUAAAAUCGAAGUCAUCGAUGUCAUGAGCUAUUUUGUUCUUUGUGAUGCCUACGGUAUUCAUAACUCUGUCAAAGGAAUCAAGCAGAUGCUACACCUUGUUUGGAUGAAAGGCAGCAAUGAAGAGGGCAAUCAAGUGGUUGAUAAACUUAUUGAAUGCUACCAAUCCCUUUAUCUCAAUUCUCCAUCUACAGAUACGCAACUACAAAGGGCCGCUCGCAUUGCAAAAAGUCUUGUGGAGUUAACAUACAAUGCCUCGUUAGCCGACUUGGCAUCUCUGGAAAAGUUAAUGGGUGAGUUCUACAGUAAAAAGCUUAUUGGAAGUGACGUCGUCAAUGUUCUUUGGAGUCUGUUCCGCGAAGAGAGUACUCCUAGGGAGUGUAAAAGGGGAUCUAUUAUUAUAUUGGGAAUGCUAGCCCUUGCCAAUAACGAGAUUUCUCUCAAGGGGCUUGACUUAAUUCUUGACGUGGGUCUUGAUCCUGAGUCUAAAGACUGGAUUUUGUCUUCGUAUGCUUGUAUUGCGCUUCGCAGGGCCGUUCCUGCGAAAGCAGGUACUACGUACAGGAUGGCGAAGGAGGCGGUGGUAGUGGGUAAACUCACCACGGUUCUACUUUUGUAUACAGAGGAUGGACGAUGGUUUGGUAUGGCCGAAGAAGCAUUGAACUCAAUGUAUGCCAUUGCAUCCCGCCCGGAUGACAUUGCCACCGAGAUUCUUCGGAGGAAGACAGCCGAAGUCUUCAAUACCGAAAAGGAAACCGAGAAACAAGUUGUCGGACUUACGCAGCUUCUCUUCUUGGUUGGACAUAUCGGUUUAAAGACGGUGAUUUACUUGGAAAAGUGCGAGGCUGAAUUCAAGAAGAAGCAGAUUGCGAAGGAGAAUAAAAAAAGCGAGGAGGAUAAUGAGUUGGAUAUGAUCGGUGGCACCAACGAAGACGACUUUUCUGAUGCUGUGCAGGUGAUAAAGGAAAAAGAAUUGCUUUACGGGAAAAAGAGCUUUUUGGCAAAAUAUGUGCCGUUGGUUAAGGAGAUAGUGGUUCAUCGAAAGGAUUAUGCUGAUCCACGCUUACAAAGACAGGCGAUCUUAUGUCUGGGUAAGAUGAUGUGUAUUUCGCCUCGAUUCUGCGAAGACAACUUGAAGAUAUUUUUGAAUGCUAUGGAGCAUUCGGAAGAUCCGAUUGUUCGAAGCAAUGCUACCCUAGCUUUAGGGGAUAUGGCUGUGUGCUUCAAUAGUAUCAUUGAUACGAACAAGAAUUACCUAUACGAAAGACUUCAGGAUUCGGACAUCAUGGUUCAGCGAACAUGCUUGAUGACUGUGACGUUUCUCAUUUUGGCUGGACAAGUGAAAGUGAAGGGUCAAUUGGCGCAAAUGGCCAAGUUGUACGUGAAUGUAGACCCAGCCAUUGUGGAUAUGUGUAAGCUUUUCUUUUCGGAGUUGGCUACUAAGGAUAAUGCCAUCUACAACGGCUUUAUGGAUAUGUUCAGUGGAUUGACUACGGACGAGAAGUUGAAUCCCAAGGAUUUCAAAGAAGUCACUAAAUUUGUCAUUGCGUUUAUUCAGAAAGACAAACACAAGCAGCAAUUGGCCUCAAAGUUGUAUCAACGGCUUAUUAAGACCGAUUCAGAAAAGCUAUGGGAACAGACGGCUCUGGUUAUCAAGGAAAUUAUUCCAAGGCAGGACGCUACUGUGACAUCCAGAAAGGACGAAGAAAGUGCCAAGGGGAGGUUGUACAAUGAAAUAUUGGAGACGAUUGAACAGGGAUAUGAAAAACCAGCAGAGAAGGUGGAGGGAAGUUAA